AUGAUAAAUAUUGAUUUCGAAAUCUGGCUUGUUCUUCGCUUUGAGGAUGAUUAUCAAUGUGGCACAUUUGUUAAUGGUGAUUAUUGGGUUACACCAAAAACGAAUGGUGGUCAUGUGAUCAUCACUUCAAUCGACCCGCCAUUCAAUGGUUCAAUACAUGGUUGGCAGGUCAACCCAUGGAAUGAUCCCGCACUACUUGAUCAACCACAACAACAAUCAUUCGACUAUUCAAUCUACGACUUUAACGCCUCGCUCGCCCCAGCCUUGCCCUACGCAGCCUCGCCCAGCUCCUCGAUAGUCAAGGCCAUCUCUCAACUUGAUGAGAACAGAUGUACUGCACACUAUGGUUGCUUGCUCACGGCAUCUGUACUCACGGUGCUUGCCCAGCCCCCUCCAAAGGACUCAUUCCGUCCCAACUACUAUGGCCCAAACAAGUUGUUCUACUCAGCCGACAAGCUGCAGACCAACUUCAUGAUCAAGAUCGACAUGCCUUCAGUGGACCAGACACCCACAUUGCAAUACAUGGAGGAACGGUUCCAACGUGUCUACCUCGAUCACAUCAGCUACUCCUCAUCAAUGCAUCCAUCACUCAAUAUGGCUACGUACGGUGCAGAUAUCGUGUCAGACACUGGUGAUGCCGUUUUGAGAUUGAUGAUGAAUGAGACAUUGGAUCAGAAAUGGAAGCUACUGAUCAAUUACAUUCAAGUUGGCAUUGACUUUGCUGGCAUGUUCAAACAAGGUAUAACAUGGCCGGCCAAUGGUGGCAUCAACAGUGGCCGAAUGUUACCCAUUGUGUUCGCGUCCGUGUUGUUGGGCGACCAUGCGCUUGCCAAAGAGUUGGCAAGCAAGCCCCCCAACACCUUUGGCGAGGAUGGACAAGUGUACUGGAGCGUUAAUGCCUCUCGCCCCUUGUGGGGAAGAGAAUGUGACGACAAUGGAUAUUGGUACAAUCAACUCAAUGCUGAUCGUCCUGGUGGACGCGACUGCCGUGAUCCAUUCGGCUACAUCGAUGGAGGCGAGACACCAGGCGGGUCGUACCAAGCAUGCUGUACAACAAUGGCUUGGAAGUCAACAGCACUCUCCCUCCGCCUAAUGCCCCAACUCCAAUGUACCUUCAACUUUGACCCAUUCCUCAACUAUGUUGAUCGAUACGUAAGCUAUGGCACAUGGACUCUGCCCGACCCCAUCUCACUCCAAGCAUCUGGCGGUGUACCUGGACCUCCCAGAUACGGCCAACUCAAUGGUACUAGUGUAAACUUUGGAUUCUACGUAUCAGACUUCUCCAACAACAUGUGGACUCAAUAUCGUGAAGCAUUCGGCACCAACCUCUCUUCAUCAAACCUCAAAUUCAACGAUCAGAUUGGAAGUUCAUUCCCCCAAUUCAUCCCAUAA